AUGUGGUUCAACGUGAGUUCAGCACCCUUCCUACUGACUGGCUUCCCAGGCCUGGAGGCAGCUCACCACUGGAUCUCCAUCCCCUUUUUCGCCAUCUACAUCUCUGUGCUCCUUGGCAACACUUUGCUCCUCUACCUAAUCAAAGAUGACCACAGUCUCCAUGAACCCAUGUACUACUUCCUGGCCAUGCUGGCUGCAACAGACCUCAUGGUGACACUCACUACGAUGCCCACUGUGAUGGGUGUGUUGUGGUUGAAUCGCAGGGUGAUGAGUCACGGGGCCUGCUUCUUGCAGGCCUACUUCAUUCACUCUCUUUCCAUUGUAGAAUCUGGUGUCUUGCUUGCCAUGGCCUAUGACCGUUAUAUUGCCAUCUGCACCCCUCUAAGGUACAACUCUAUCCUUACUCACUUCCAGGUGAUGAAGAUAGGACUAGGGGUAAUAAUGAGGGGCUUUUUAUCCCUUGUGCCCCCAAUUACACCACUCUUUUGGUUUCCAUACUGCCGUUCUCAUGUUCUUUCCCAUGCCUUUUGCCUCCACCAAGAUGUCAUGAAACUUGCCUGUGCAGAUAUUACAUUUAAUCGCAUAUACCCAAUUGUUCUGGUUGCUUUGACCUUUUUCCUGGAUGUUUCUGUUAUUGUCUUUUCCUAUAUCCUAAUCCUUAAGACAGUUAUGGGCAUUGCUUCCAGAGAGGAGCGAGCCAAGGCCCUCAACACAUGUGUCUCCCAUAUUAGCUGUGUCCUGGUAUUUUAUAUCACUGUCAUUGGUCUGACCUUCAUCCACAGGUUUGGGAAACAUGCACCUCAUGUGGUCCACAUCAUCAUGAGCUAUGUCUACUUUCUCUUUCCUCCUUUCAUGAACCCUAUCAUAUACAGCAUCAAAACCAAGCAGAUUCAGAGGAGCAUAAUUAGCCUAUUUUCUUGA